UUUCCAGUGAGAAUUUAUUGUCCACCCGACCCUGGGGCAGACAAAGCAUUUUAGUGCUGGUUUGACAUCCGAAAAAGUUGUACUUAUUGCAUCGAUAAUGGUUGCAGUUGCUCCUAGAAUACGAUUCAGCGAUAUUGUUAAAGAGUACCUUUUUAAUUCGACUAUUCAUGGGGUGAAGUUUAUAGCCGAUGAUUCGUACCAUGUUGCGGAAAGAAUUUUCUGGAUCAUCUGCGUCAUCGUGUCCUGGUUCGGGUCCGCACUGCUAAUCGACGCCUCGCUGGAAGCCUUCCGCACCAAUGCCAUUUCGUUCGUGGUCGAGACCAACUACCGGGACUGGGACACCAAAUUCCCGGCCAUCGUGGUCUGCGAAAUGCGCAACAUGGAGCGCAUACAAAUGGUGGCCGAUGAGCUAUGGGGAGAAGAUCACGACUUUGCACUGGAGGAAGUUCUGAACGAGAUCGGAUAUUUUCGGGGGGAAUCUUACCAUACCGUGAAUGAGUGUCACGGUGAUGAACCGGCGGAAAAUUGUUUCUUCAGCAACUUUUCGCACUACGCUCGAUUGGUUCGGAGUUCCUGUGAGGACACCUUGGCCGAGUGUUACUGGAACGAUGAACCGUUUGACUGCUGCAAGUACUUCAUCCCGAUGGAAACCGAGCUGGGUCUGUGCUAUGCGGUCAAUUCGAUACAAACGGGAGUGAAGAAUCCACCUAGGUUGAACAUGAUUUCGAAUAAGUACACCGGUCCGGGAAAACUUAAGGUUCAAGUACUGACCGAAUCCUACAUCUACACGUUGGGCGAGGAAGAUGUGCCGAAUCUGAUCACUCCAAAGUCGGAUGUCUUGCUGGUGGAUUAUUACAUUGCGUACAAGCGCCAAAUCUCAAUCAAGGACAUUGAAAACGAUUCCGAAACUACUCAGGUUAGUGUCGAUCAGCGGAAAUGCCGCUUUCCGGAGGAGAACAUUCUUAAUGUUCACGAUUACUACAGCUACAGCGCGUGUUCCGUUCAGUGCCGGAAGGACAAACAACUGGCCAUCUGUAAUUGUACCAGUCACCUGAUGCCGAAUAUGGGUGAGUUUCCUGAAGAAGAAAAACAACGUAGGAACUUCAUCACUAUUCUAAGUCCAGAUCCCUCUCUGAAGUGCAACAUCACCGGGCUGGUGUGUCUGAAUACCCACUACGAGGAGCUGACGAUUGUGAUCCCAAAGUGGUCUACCGGCAAGAAGGGCGUCGUCUGUGACUGUCUGCCGUCCUGUACCGAGGUGGACAUUUCGGUGGUCCAUGAUUGGCGCGAAAGUAUCUACCACAACCCGGAAAACCGCUUCUCGACCAUCGAGAUUGGGCUUUCGGCUCUGCCAACGGAGCGCUACAAACGGAAUGUGGUACGCGGUCGGCUCGAUCUGGUCGUCUCGAUAGGAGGCACAACCGGGCUGUUUGUGGGGGCCAGUCUGCUGUCGUUCGUGGAGAUUUUAUACUACUUCACGAUUCGUCCCUACGGGACGGUUUUAAUGAGAAACAGGGAAACGCUGCCGCCACUGCCGCAAAACUAGGCUUGGAAAAACGUAUUGAUACGAAAUGCUGAAAGAUAAACAAGCAACUCUAGACCAUCGGCAGUAUAUUUGCAUUCGAAAAACUAGGAGGAAUUGCUACCGUUUUGAGAGAGAAGAUUGCUUUUUGCACAAAUCGUGUUACAUCACCAGUGAUAGAUAUGGAGGUUUUUAUUGAAAACAAAAUAUAAAUUAUGAAAUUAAAGCUUCCUCCAUUCAUGAAUCACGUGAACCAGAAUAUAUC